CCCAUGGAGCAGACAGCCGCACCUGGGGUCCCAUGGCUCCCUUGCAGCCACAGGCAGGCCUUAGCCCUGUACCAGCACCUCUUUGGACGCCCUGCGGCCCUGGGCCAGCUCCAGGCUGCCCUGCAGCAGGUGCAAGAGAGUCGGGCCUGUCGCUCAGGACUGGAGCUGCCCACUGUGUUGCUGGAGAUGGAGUGGAGCCGGAGGGCCCAGGAGCAGCUCCUGUGGGACUUGGAGCUGCUGACUGGGGCAGGGCUGAGCCUAUUCUGGCCCCCCUGGGCCCAGUUCUGUGGUCUGAGGGGCCAGGCCCAGUGUGUAUGGAGCCAGCGCAGCAAGCCGCAUGGUGGGACAGGUGGAGGCCCUGAGCGGUGGGCCAGCAAGACUUCCAGGCUAUGCCCACUGCCUCAGGCUGGGGACUCUCUGAGCCAGACCCACUAGCUUCCAGACAGGGGGCAGGCAGUAGACCCAUCGUGGGCCCUGGAUCUGGGCGAAGCUAGGAGUGACAGAGACCCCCAGUGGGAGAGACCUCCCAUGCCUGCAGAGCCUACACCGGGUGGCUUACAAGAGCCGAACCCCACCACCAGCAGUAGCUUUGGGGACCCAGGAAGCUCUGAGUUCAAGGACACGGCCCAGAGAGGAGAGAGAAGACAAGCCCGACCCACAACCCAAAGGCCAUCCACAAGCCUAUGGGGGAGGAAGCUCGUGUCUCCAAGACCCUCAGGCCUGCCCUCCCAGGGCCUGUCAGAACCCCAAGAUCCCCUUGAGGGGCUGGACUGGAGCCUGGGCCAGGAGAGGGCAGAACUUCAGAAACUGCUGAGGAUUGAGAUUCCUCAGAGGCAGAGAGAGCAGAAAGAGCGCCCCAGGGGUCGGAGUUGGGAGGCCCCCAGGGGGGAGGGCAAGGAAGUUCUGAGUCGGAGAGAGAAGAUACACCAGGGUCAGAGUGGGGAGGCUACUCAGGCUCUGAGGGAGGAAGCCUCCGUGUAUCCUGGGGGGAAGGCUCCCCAGAGUGAGAGGAGAGAGUGUCUUCAAGGUCAAAGACACAACAGCCCUGAGUGCCAGAGAGAAGAGGUCCUGCAGGAGCCGCAGAAGGAGACUCAGGGUCGGGAAGUGAAGACCUUUCCAGCUUCCCCAGGCCCAGUCUCACAAGCCUGGGGGGUGGCCGAGGGAGAGGCGCCCACACUGCCCCCGGAGGAAGGCGGCUCCCUGGGAAUUUCUAGGGAUUUCUGCAGGUCACCAGGAGAACAGAAGCCUCAGCCUGUGGGGAGGAAGAGCCCUGGCUCCGGGGAAACGACCACCCAGCUGACUCAGGACCAAACUGACGGCCCAAAGCCGGCCGCAGGAGACCCCAGGGCCGCGCAGGAGGGGGCGUGGCCUCCCCUUCCACCGCCGAGGCUCCCAGGCCCAGGGGCCGAGGCGCUAGCGGCCCCAGGCAUCAGGGGCUCAGGCCCGCAGCAGCACCCCGUGGCUCUCCCGGGGCGCCCAGGGCCGGUGCGUGACCCACACGGGUUUCAGGACCUGGAAGGAAGCCCGGGCGCGGCGGAGCAGGUGCCCGGCGGUUCUGCUAGGCUUCUGGGCACCGUCGGGGAGCUAAGGGGUGGCGCGGAAGCCCCCGGGGCCUCGAAAGCCGCGUGGCCCAGGCUCCCGGGCCGGGAGAAGGUGUCGGCGGCCGUGAGCGCGGCGCACAAGGAGACUGCCCUGCAGCGGCUGCUGGAGCUGCACGGCGCGGCCAGGCGCCGGCAGCGACAGGCCCGCGAGCAGCAGCGGCUCUGGGUCUUGGAACGCCUCCGGCUCGUCUGGAACCGCCACUGCCGGGUGCACCCUCUGGGGCCCCCACCCAGCCCCGCCCAGCUCCCGCCACAGGCAAGACUCCCGGGAGAAGACGGCGGGGGCCCCGCGAUCCUGCCCGGGCGGGAGUGGGUGAGGGCGCCUCCCGGGUUCCUUCCGUCUCGCACCGGCACCGAUGCGGACCUACGGCGGGAGGGGCGCGUCUGCCGGGUGCUGCCUCCCGCUGGCUCCCUCGGGGGGGCCCGCAGAGCACGCCCGGGGACUCAGCGCUCGGCCCCGACGCAGGAGGACGAGGUGGGGCAGCGACGGGCCUUGCGGGAGCAGCUGCAGCGAGGGCUCCAGGAGAGGACCUGGCGGCUGAGGGCCAUAGGGGCCAGGAACACCCAGAGCUUCCAGCAGCUACUGUGGCCUCCUGGUGCUGAGGAGCCCUUGCCUGGAGAGGAGCGCCCACCCUUCCCAGCCCCCUUGAGUCGUUGCUGAAUCCUCAAAUGGUUGAUGAAAGAGAUGGGGAUUAAGGAAAAAGCAAGCCAGCAAACUGCAGGCCAGCAAAGGCAGAACAGAGGUGGUUCCAAGAAAGGCCCAGAACUUUGCCUCAGGGCCUGGGAGGCCAGACACACGGACACACACAGCAGCUUCAGCCCCACCAGGAGGCAUGUUAUUUCUUCUUCCCUCGCUAAGUCCACUGCCUGGCCACCAUCAGAGAGCCAGGUCCUGAGGGUCAAGCAGCGAGAAGGCCCCAUUCUUUCGGAAGAACGAUUCAAUGCGGCACAUCUUACAGGAGACCAGUUCUUGCUUCAGUGGGGGGCCUGCGAAAAGAUGUCAGAGGCCAGGAAUGGGGCCUGGGAAAGGGAACUUGCAGAGCAUGGGAGCCCUGCCUACGAAGCCCUAGGAAUCUGCCUGUAUUGUAUCCACUUUGGAAGCGUGAAGGAAUAAAAGGUACUUUUGAGGAA